CGAAUAUAUCUGACUUAUUAAGGCUAAAAAUCACAAUAAUAAAUUUUAGAUGAUCCUUUUUUAAGAUAAUCCUUUAAUAUCCUUUAAUUUUAAUAUUUCUUCUUAAAUUAUUUCUAUGGUGGUCCUGCAACCUCAAAAUUUUAUUUAUUGAUACUUGGGAAAUAUUACAAAUUCUAAAAAAAUCGGUAUAUUAACUGCAAUGUUCCAAGAUUUGAAAAAAUCUAAUAUUCGUUUUCAAUAAUAUAUAACUAACCAUCAGGUAUUAAAUCCUAUAACAAAUGGAAAAUUCUCAAAAGGAGGGAUUCAAACUGUACAAGUUCAGUCCCGAAGAGCUGAAAAUCAUUAAAGAAUGUGGAAAGGAAAGUUUCUUCCAGAGGUGCCUUCCCUUGAGUACUGUCUUAGGACUGGCAACUUAUUAUGGUGUUAAAUCAGGUGUAUUCAAAGCUAGUCCUAGGUUUGGAGCUGCUCCUAAGGUCAUAGUAGCUGGUUUUGUGGGUUAUUUUCUUGGUAAAAUUUCAUAUCAGGCAAAAUGUGCAGAACGAUUGAUGCAAUUGCCAAAUAGUCCAUAUGGGGAAUUAUUGAGGCAGAGGAAAAAGGGAAAUAUUCAAAAUAGCAGUAUAGACGCUGGGUUUGGACCUAGCAUGAGCUUAGCUCCUUUUGGAGGCAUUUCUAAUGCUGAGGUAUACCCAGAUUCAAGUUCUAAGACUUUGGAUUUAGAUACAAGCUCUUCGCCUAACUAUAGUGGUUUAGAUGAUUCAUUUAGACCUUCUUUAGAUAAUCCAGGUUAUGAAGAAGUGGAAAUGCCACCUGUUCAAAAGCAUGUUACUACAUAUGAUGAAUUAAGAACACAAAACAGAGAAGAAUAUGUGCAGAAACGUACAGGAACUUACAAGGAGGCUCCAAAACCUGCUCCUUCUUAUCAAUCUAUUCCAAGACCAACGCCAAGUGGUACAACUGGAAAGAACAAAUAUGGCGAUGAUGUGAUGGAGUGAUGUAGAUUAAAAGUAUGAUGUUGAAGAAUUGUAGUAGUUAUGGAAUUGAAAUUUAUGUAUCUUUUUUGGAAUAAACAUAAUAUAAGUUGUUA